AUCUGCGAGAAGAAGGGAAAUUUAAUGCGGUGACAAAAGGCAUGUUCGGUGCUACAAGAAAGAAGUUUGUAGAGGGGGGGGUCGACAAUGACUACCCUGACGACAGUAUGUAUUAUGGCCAGCCAUCGAUGUUUUCACAUCGCUCAGAUAAAGACAUGCUGGCAUCUCCCUCACCAUCUUCAUCAGGUCAAUUAUCACAGCUCGGUGCGAGCCUGUACGGCCCACAAAGUGCACUAGGCUUUUCAGUAAGGGGUAUGAGCAACAACAACCCUCAGCUAAACCGCAGCUUAACACAAGGUACACAGUUACCGAGCCAUAUUACCCCAACCACAGGGGUCCCCACCAUGUCCCUCCAUACUCCACCCUCACCCAACAGGGGCAUCCUGCCGUUGAACUCCAGGAACAUGUUGAACCACUCUCAGGUGGGCCAGAGCAUGAGUGGCAGGUCGAACAGUAUGGGCAGCUCAGGGCUGGGCAGUCCAAACAGAAGCUCCCCCAGUAUCAUCUGCAUGCCAAAGCAGCAGCCAGCACGCCAACCGUUCACCAUCAACAGUAUGUCAGGCUUUGGAAUGAACCGGAAUCAGGCAUUUGGAAUGAACUCUUUAUCGAACAACAUCUUCAAUGGAACAGACGGGAGUGAAAACGUGACAGGAUUGGAUCUAUCUGACUUCCCAGCACUAGCAGACAGGAGUCGAAGGGAAGGAUGUGGGAACCCAACACCGCUGCAGAACCCACUGGCUGGAAGAGCUCCCUAUGUUGGGAUGGUCACAAAGCCAUCGAGCGAACAGACACAAGACUUCUCCAUCCACAACGAGGACUUCCCUGCACUGCCUGGGCCCAACUACAAGGAUCCAACACUGAACACAGACGACAGUAAAUCUAACUUGAACUCGUCAGGUAAGAACAGCUCCAGCGGAGAGGGACCCAAGUUCCCUGGUGAUAAAUCGUCAUCAACCCAGAACAACAACCAGCAGAAGAAAGGGAUCCAAGUUUUACCUGAUGGCAAGGUGACAAACAUUCCUCCAGGAAUGGUGACGGACCAGUUUGGAAUGAUUGGACUGCUGACCUUCAUCCGAGCGGCCGAGACAGACCCCGGGAUGGUCCACCUGGCGCUAGGAAGCGACCUCACCACACUGGGCCUCAAUCUCAACUCCCCGGAAAACUUGUAUCCUAAGUUUGCAUCGCCCUGGGCCUCAGCACCGUGUCGACCUCAGGACAUUGACUUCCAUGUUCCCUCAGAGUACUUAACCAACAUUCACAUAAGGGACAAGCUGGCUGCAAUAAAACUGUCUCGUUAUGGAGAAGACCUUCUGUUUUACCUGUACUACAUGAAUGGAGGAGAUCUCUUACAACUGCUUGCUGCAGUAGAACUUUUCAAUCGAGACUGGAGGUACCACAAGGAAGAGAGAGUGUGGAUCACAAGAGCACCGGGCAUGGAGCCCACGCUGAAGACCAACACCUAUGAGAGAGGAACCUACUACUUCUUUGAUUGUCUUAACUGGAGGAAGGUAGCUAAGGAGUUUCAUCUGGAAUAUGACAAGUUGGAGGAGAGGCCUCAUGUGCCAACAGCCUACAACUACAACCCAGCUCAGCAGGCCUUCUGAGAGCCAGCGUACCACCGCAGAGCCGCCCAGUUCCCCCACCACAUCCCCUUUUGUUUCCCCACCCAUCUGGCAAAAGGACUGCGGGACGGUUGGGGGGGAGGGGGGAGUCGGGUGGGAUGGGUUAGGGUCUCCACCUUAAGAACUGGAGGGGAGAGGGCCCUGCCUUAAGAAAUUAUGUGCUGCCCAAAAACAUCCCACACUCAUUCCUCCUGUUUUUACUUCCCCUCUUCCGUUUCUUUCCCUUCAUUUCAUUUCAAACAGGGUCUGUGUUUUUGUUUACGCCCCGCCCCCCCCUCCUCCCCCGGGAUCAAAGACCUUUUUGGUUUCGAGGCUGGUGAACUGACUUGCAGUUAUAGCACAUUCACACACAGAGAAAUACACGCAGUGGUGGUAGAACAAGGCUGACAUCUCGUUCAUGGAAACGUAUUGUGCGUUUAAAAAUAAAACGGGACAGUCACACACAAAACAAACCCAAUACAUGUGAAUACAGAAGGGCAGAAGACAUGCAAUGUUCAUUGUUGCACUAUUUAGUAAUAAAAGAACACAAAAUGGUUUUGUGCUUUUUUAUGUGGAAACACUCUUUUCAUCAUUUUGUCAGGAAGGUUUCACAUAGAGGUUUUUCUGUUUCUUUUUCGUUCUCCAACACAUUCCCUCCGUUUUCAUCAACUCCAUCCUGCAUCCCAUAAUAUUCUUGGUUGGGUAUUUGCAACCUAACUCCAAUAUUUACAAAUCAGAGACUGUUUUAGUGACCGUCGUCGCGACAACCUGUGGACAAUCCUUCAUCUUGGGAUUGUGAGAUUUUUCGAGCUUCAUUGUUCCAGAAUGAGCGCAAAACACUUU